AUGGACAUAGAGAAAGAAUCAACAACUUUCGACUACUCAAAACGUUCUCAAUGGCUACGUGCGGCGGUGCUCGGAGCAAACGACGGUCUUGUCUCCACCGCGUCGUUGAUGAUGGGAGUCGGCGCCGUGAAACAUGACGUCAAGGCAAUGAUUCUCUCUGGAUUCGCCGGAAUGGUCGCCGGAGCUUGUAGUAUGGCAAUCGGAGAGUUUGUCUCCGUUUACUCUCAAUACGAUAUAGAGGUGGCUCAAAUGGAGAGAGAGAGUGUAGAGAUAGAAAAAGAAAAACUUCCUAGUCCACUACAAGCUGCGUGGGCGUCUGCGCUUGCGUUUUGCGCGGGUGCGAUUGUACCGCUUUUAUCGGCUGCGUUUGUGAAGGAGUAUAGAGUGAGGAUUAUUGCGGUUGUGGCGGCGGUUACGGUGGCUCUUGUUGUUUUCGGGUGGUUAGGAGCGGCGCUAGGGAAAGCACCGGCGGUUAGGUCAUCUGCUAGGGUUUUGUUUGGAGGAUGGUUAGCUAUGGCGGUUACGUUUGGAUUGACUAAGCUUAUUGGGUUACAUGGACUAUGA